CCCUCUUCCCCGGGGACUGCACACCGCUGCCGGCCGCUGCCAAGAGCUCCUACUCCGCCGUCCUGAGCCGUCCAGCAGCGCUGCAGACCGGAUACCGAGCUCCCAACGGGGGACGCGUGUGCGUGGAAAGAACAGAGAGAGGAGCGUGUGCGUGGAAAGGCAGCUAACCGGGUGAUCGUGUGGACUUUGAGGACCAACAUGGCUGUCUUGAUGAUGCUGCUCAUGCUGGCAGGGACUGUGUCCGGACAGGACCUGCCGUCAGGCCCUCACGGCUGCACAGAUGGCAGCUGCUACCCCGCCACAGGAAACCUCUUGAUUGGACGGGCCAUGAACCUGAGCGCCACCUCCACUUGCGGCCUGGACGGUCCUGAGCACUACUGCAUCGUCAGCCAUCUUCAGGAGUCAGACAAAUGUUUCGAGUGUAACUCCCAGCAUCCGUACGACUCGUACCGCCACAGAAACAGCCAUCGCAUCGACAACGUCAUCUACCUCAUGGAGCGCAACGGAGACAACACCUGGUGGCAGUCUGCCAACGGAGAGGAGACUGUCAGCAUUCGACUGAACCUGGAAGCUGAAUUCCACUUCACACAUCUCAUCAUGAAGUUUAAGACUUUCCGCCCGGCAGCGAUGAUCAUCGAGCGUUCGGCCGAUUUCGGACGUUCGUGGCGACCCUACCGCUACUUUGCCGCCAACUGCACCAAGACCUUCCCGGGCAUCACCUCCAACGGCCUGCGCCACAUCACCGACAUCAUCUGUGAGGAGCGCUACUCUGACAUUGAGCCUUCCACCAAUGGGGAGGUGAUUUAUAAAGUGCUGGAUCCUGCCAUUCAUGUGAAAGACCCUUACAGCUUGGACAUCCAAGAACUUCUGCGAAUCACCAACCUGCGCAUCAACUUCACCAAGUUGAACACCCUGGGAGAUGACCUGCUGGACAGACGCUCUGAUGUGCUGCAGAAGUAUUACUACGCCAUCUACGAGCUGGUGGUCCGAGGCAGCUGCUUCUGCUAUGGACACGCAUCCGAGUGCGCCCCCGUACCUGGGGUCCACAUGCGAGAGAACGGCAUGAUCCAUGGCCGUUGUGUCUGCAAACACAACACAGAGGGUCUGAACUGUGAGCAUUGCCGACAUUUCCACCACGACCUUCCCUGGAGGCCGGCUGAGGUGGAAAACCCGCACGCCUGUAGAGAGUGUAAUUGCAACGGCCACUCCAACCAGUGUCACUUUGACAUGGCGGUGUAUUUGGCCACGGGCAACGUGAGCGGAGGAGUGUGUGAUGACUGCCAGCACAACACCAUGGGACGCAAGUGUGAGACGUGCAAGCCUUUCUACUAUCAAGACCCCAACAGGGAUGUCAGAGACCCGCAGGUUUGUCUUGCCUGCGACUGUGACCCGGUGGGUUCUUUGGAGGGAGGGGUGUGUGAUGGCCACACGGAUCCAGACAUGGGCAUGAUCUCUGGACAGUGUCGCUGCAAAGCCAACGUCAAAGGCUUGCGCUGCGACGUGUGCAAGGAGGGUUUCUACGGACUCAGCCACAACGACCCACUGGGUUGUCAGCCAUGCAACUGUGACCCUCGUGGUAUCAUCAUGAUGGGAUCUCCAUGCGAUCAGAUCAGCGGCGACUGCUCGUGUAAAAGAUACGUCACCGGCCGCUACUGCAACAAGUGUCUGCCAGAAUUCUGGGGUCUCAGUAAUGACCUGGGUGGCUGUAGAACAUGUGACUGUGACGUCGGUGGAGCUGUUAACAACAGAUGCAUGAUGGAGAAUGGACAGUGUGACUGCAGGAGGCAUCUGAUUGGUCGACAGUGCUCAGAGGUGCAGCCCGGCUAUUUUUGCGCUUCGCUCGACUUCUACAGGUACGAGGCCGAGGGGGCCACGGGAUACUCGACCAUCGACUCUUCUCUCCCGGGUAAAGUUCGUCCUCAGGCCGAGACAGACUGUGUCCAGCACCUCAGCAACCAGCUGAGACGACACAGGCGUCACCGCCGCAUCACCAACCCACAGCAGCACCGAGCAGCACUGAGGCGAAUACGCCAGCUUCAGCAGACGCCGGACGUGAGGAGCGUUUAUCGAGAGAUCACGCUCAGUCACACAGUGACUUGGACCGGUCCUGGUUUUGCUCGAGUGAAGGACGGUGCUGGUCUGGUGUUCACCAUUGACAACAUCCCCUACGGCAUGGACUACGACAUAAUGAUCCGCUACGAACCUGAGUCGACAGAGGACUGGGAGGCCGUCGUUAGCAUAACAUCUGUCAACCUUCCUUCCAGUCUGCGCUGUGGAAACCUCCUUCCAACUGAGCAGCUUUACACCGUCUCCUUGCCGCACAGCAACAGGUACAUCCAGAUGCCCAGGCCGUUUUGUUUCGAGCCAAGUAAUCGUUACGUGGUUGCUGUCCGGUUCCAGCGCUAUGGAGUAACACACAGACACCUCACUGCCUUCAUUCUCAUCGACUCUUUGGUUCUGGUCCCCAAAUACACGGAACUUCCUGGUUUCCACGGCAACGAGAUCACGGCCGAGGUGAGACGAGAGGAGAUGAUCCGCUACAUGUGUCUGGACUCCUUCAUGAUCACGCCAAUGCCCACCCUGGCCGACAUGUGCUCCAAACUCAUCUGCAGCAUCUCGGCCAUCGUUCACGACGGCGCACUGCCCUGCCAGUGUGAUCCUCAAGGCUCUCUCUCGGGCGACUGCGAUCGUAUGGGGGGUCAGUGCCACUGUAAGGCCAACGUGAUUGGUCGACAGUGUGACCAUUGUGCUCCAGGAACCUAUGGCUUUGGAGUCAGUGGUUGCACUGCCUGUGACUGUCAUCCGGAAGGUUCUCUGAGCCACCAGUGUGACCCGGUGAGUGGCCAGUGCCAGUGCCGGCAGGGAGCCAGUGGACGCCGUUGCUCCGACUGCCAGCCGGGCCAGUGGGGCUUUCCCAGCUGUAGCCCUUGUCAGUGCAACGGCCACUCGGACGUCUGUGACCCCCAAACGGGCGAGUGUCAAGAAUGCCGGGACUACACGACCGGACACCUUUGUGAACUGUGUCAGAUCGGAUUCUUUGGGAACCCGGCGCUUGGCUCAGGGGAUCAUUGUCGCCCCUGCCCCUGCCCUGGUAAUCCUGGAUCGGAUCACUUUAAUGGCCACUCCUGCCAAGCUGACCUCUCCUCCAACCUCAUUAUGUGUAACUGCAGACCAGGCUAUGCUGGACCACGCUGUGACCAGUGUGCCCCUGGUUACUACGGGAAUCCGGAGGAAUCUGGCGGCCAGUGCCUUCCGUGCGGGUGCAACGACAACAUUGAUACUCAGGACCCCGAGUCAUGUGACCCGAGAACAGGGCAGUGCCUCAAGUGCCUGUACCACACCAACGGGCCAUCUUGUGGCCAGUGUCAGCAGGGUUACUAUGGCAACGCCCUGGCCCACGACUGCAGACGCUGUACCUGCGUGACCGCUGGCACCGUCCUGUCGACUUGUGUUGGCGAACAUUGUGACUGCGACGGCCAGACCGGCGCUUGCCUGUGCAGGGAGAACGUCUCCGGACAUGACUGUGACCAGUGCGCUCCAAAUCACUGGAACUAUGGUCAGGACCGAGGCUGUGAGCCCUGCAACUGCGACUCGCAACAUUCCAUGGGGGCCCACUGCAAUAUGUUCACUGGGCAGUGCCACUGUCAUCCAGGCUUUGGAGGGAAGGAAUGCACCGAGUGUGAGCACCUCCACUGGGGAGACCCACGAGUGCAGUGUCAAGAAUGUAACUGCGAUCCUCAGGGCUCAGAAGUAGCACAGUGUGACCGCACCACCGGGGAGUGCCGUUGCAAGGAAGGAGCGGCGGGUAAACGUUGCGAUGAAUGCGCCCGUGGCUUCACUGGCGUCUUCCCCAAGUGCGUGCGGUGUCAUGCCUGCUUCCAGUUGUGGGAUGACAUGGUGUGCCAGAUCAAACGUGACCUGGAGCACAUCCACAUCACCGCCAACAAGAUCCUGGAGAGUGGCGUAACGCCAGGCGUUGGUGACACUCGCAUCAAAGAGCUGAGGAGGAAGCUCAAGCAGGUCCGGGAUCUGAUUGGCCAAGAGGACAGUGACAGAGUCCAUCAGCUGCUUGGCCAGAGCAUUGAUGACCUCAGGGCAGAGAUAGCUUUGACGGACGGGCGCCUGAUGGGCGUCGCUCGGGAGCUUAACGCCACGGCAGAGGAGGGCGGCACGCAGAGCCGUACGCUGACCAACCUGGAGAGACAGCUGAUAGACAUCAACGUCACGGUGGCUUCCAAGAGGCAGCAGCUGGAAAACCACCUGACCUCAGGGUUUGGAGAUGAAUUGAAAAAAGUGAAGAUGUACUAUGAGGGGUCGUUGGAGGCGGAGCAGAAAUGUGAUGCCUCCGUGUCGGGUCCACUCAGUCUGGUGGAACAGUCCAAAGAAAGGCGCUUCCUCACUGAAGAGCUGCUGGAUCGGAAUGAAGAGAAGUUCCUUCAAGCUGUGGCCGCUCGCAACAAAUCUUUACAGAACCUCCAGCAGAAGGCCCAUCACAUCCAGCAGAAGGUCCACCACCUCAGUGACAAGGUGUGUGGUGGUCACAGCAACGUCGAUGUAAAUGGCACUUGUCAAGACAGCCCAUGUGGCGGCGCUGGUUGCCAUGACAACGAGGGUAACCAUCAAUGUGGAGGGGACGGCUGCAACGGGACAGUUAGCACUUCUCUAACCUCCUUAGCUUACGCCAGGAAUGCAGGCAACACUCUGGAAGCUGCCAAUGAGGACCUGCAGAACGUGGCCAUGAAGCUCCAGGCAAUAGCGUCUUUAACCCAGGAUGUGAAGAACCAGGCCAUGAACACGCUGGAGAAAGCACAGAAGAACAAAGACCACUUUGAAAACUCCAACAGGAAGCUGAAAGAGUUCAUCAAGAAGAUCAGAAAUUUCCUCACAGAGGAAGGAGCAGAUCCAGAGAGCAUCGAAAAGAUAGCCCUGCAGGUCCUGUCCGUCACGCUGCCGGUCAACAGGACCACGAUGGACAUUUUGAUCAUGGCGAUAAAGGACAGCCUCUCCAACCUCACAGACAUCGAGGGCAUUGUCGACCAUACCUCGCGGCACAUCAACGAGGCCAAGCAGCUUCUGGAACAAGCUAAACAAUCCAAGAAUCAAGCAGAAGGAGUGAAGGAUGCCGCCAAUACUACCAAGAUGGCCUUGGAUCAAUCUGAGAAGGCUGUCGAGGAAGCAAGAAGCGCCCUGAAGGAGGCUCUGGACAACCUGAAAGGCACUAGGAACGCCACUUUUCAGGUGGAUGAGAGGUUAAUACAGCUGGAAGACAAGCAGAUGGACAUCAUGAUACGUCUGAACAACCUCUCGUCAGGCUUGGAGGCCCUGAGGAACAAGACUGAAAAGAACAUGGAGAUGGCGAAGGACUCCAAAUCCUUGGCCAACAACGCCACACUUGAAGCGUCGUCUCUAGAGCAGAGCCUCAAUGACACGGAGAGGCGCUACCAUGAGCUGCAGCAGAAGGUGGAUUCACUUGGUGGCACCUCUCAAGGCCUGGACAGCAUCAAGCAGAAGGCCGAGGACAUGAAGAAGGAGGCAGAGGAGCUUCUCAACAAAGCUGCAAAGGGCAUGGAGCAGCUCAAGAAGCUGGAGAAGAAGUUCAAGAGCAAUGAGCAUCGGCUUCACAAGCAGAGGAUGGAGCUGGACGAGCUGAAGGAAAACGCCACUUUGGUGCGGGAUCACAUCCGCGAACAAGUGCAGAAGUACAGCAGCUGUGUGUGAGACACUCAAGUAAGGUGUUGAGAAACAUCCUUGUACUGUGUCAUGUUUAGACGGCAGGACUCCUUCCUGUGUGCUCUUAAGUUAUCAAAUCUAAAAGGAUGACCAGUGGGAAGGAUUUCUUUUUAAUACUGUAUUCAUAUGAUAUAAAACAUACUUUUAUGCCAUUUUUCAUGCUAUUUUCCUGCAUUUCUACAAUUAUUCCUGUUUUUGAUUCUCUUCUUACAGAAAAGCUCACAACAAAUAUGCUUUCAAAAAUACUGAAAGAAUAAAAUAAUCGCUCUGCUGUUUUUGUGUUUCUUGUGACAGAGAGAGAGUCGCCCCCUCUUGUCAAAAUUUGAUUGAUGUAUGUCAAAGGUCACAUGCCUAGAUGUUGCAGAUCAAUGCGCCGGAAGUAACCUAGGGUUAGGGUUAAACUAAAACAUACACUCCUGAUCAAAAUUUGAAGACCAGUUGAAAAAUGUCAAGAAUGUACAUUUUGCACUGUUGGAUCUAAGUAAAACUUUUAAAUGCAAAAAUUAGGAAUUGGUUAGGGUUAGGUUAAUACAACUGAGCUCACCGCCCCCCAAUCCCACCCCACCCGCCCAAUGAGGGAGUGACAAAAAAAAAAGCACGGGCCCACCCCAGGUCAGACACCUAACCCCCCAUGACAAAUCAUUAGGCUCCUACAGGUAAGUAGUCCUUCUCUUAGGGGCUAUCCACACGGAAACGUUUUCAGGUAAAAACGGCAAAGGAUCGUUUCAGCCUCUCAUCCACAUGGGAAUGGUGUUCUGGGUGACCUGAAACGGUAUUUUUUUUUUAUGGCUUCCAGAGUGCAAAAAUCUGAAAACACCGGCUUGUCGUUGCCGUGUAGACAGCACUAUACGAGAACGAUGACGUCACCGACCCACCGCUGUGGGUUUGCAAAGUGAACUUUAACAACAAGUCAACAUAAUGUCUGAAUAUUCUGACAGACAUGAUUCACCUCAGUCGAUAUUCUCCUGAUAUUCUGUUGUCUUGUACUCCAUAAUGAUUCACAGAAGUAAUUCCACUUCUCGUUAAGUCUAGACGAGCCUUGAACUUAUGCGCAUGUGUUUCUUCUUCUUCUAUGGUUUGGUGUGUCACGUGGUUCUGUACACGCGUGUUCACAGCGCCACACGUAGGUGUGCCCUGUGUAUUACAUAGUUUUAACUCAGUUAUCCAUUCCCGUCUGGAUGCAACUAUUUACUAAUCCUGCACAGUGUGGAUGCGACUUAACCCUAACCCGCCAAAAAAAAAACAAAUCCCAAGAACUUUCCCAUGUGGACAGGGCCUAUCUGGUCCUCAUUCAGUCUGUCCUCAGUUUUAUAGUGGAAAUACUGCGUAUACUAUGUCUGGAGUUUUCUUUCCUACAGUGCUAUUAUGUAUUAAGCAGCAUGUCCUGCCUCCGCAUAUAGCACCCCCCAAGUGUGUGUGGUCCUUUACGACAUUUUUACCUGCUUAAGUCUUCUUCAGGCAGAUCCACAGACACUACCUAAGACAGACUACGCGUCUAGAACCUCUGAUUUCACAGUGCUUUUAAAAUGGCACCCCCAAUGGAACUACUCAUUGCAACUUCUGUGCUUUAAUUUAUUGCUGCACCUCCUUCCAUUCCAAUGAGUGAACAAACAUGAAACAAACAUUACAUGUGCAAAACUAUGCUUCACUGAUACAGCCCUGUCCUUUUAUACGCUUCCCUUCCAAUGAAGGUUCUUACUUCUGCCUUUUUAAAGUUUUGUACAUCCUGCCAAUAGAAUUUUUAAAUGGUGUAUGCCUAGACUUUUGACCAUCUAUUCCAUAACGCUGUAAUUCAUAAUAAUUAAAAAAAAAGUUUUUUUUUAAUACCGUUUUCAGCUUUUUAAUUAUUUGUUGUAUUACAUUAAAAUUUUGCCAGCCAGGAUUAGGGGAUGCUAUUUAAAGCUUUUUCAUUAUUUAUUUA